AUGCUCUCAGUCUCCGCUGGAAAGCCUCAGUUUAGGUCCAAACAUACUGCCACGACAGCUUUGGUUCUUCCAGAAUGGUGGAGGAACCAGGAUGCAGUGUCCUGGGUUUUACAGUUCAGAAAAGUCCUCGAGAGCAUAAUCUACAGAUGCGGUGAAGCCCUCCAGAAAGCUUUACUUAUUUUUGAACAAAACGACGCUACUAGCGAUGUCCAUCACACCUCGCUUAGUCAGUUCCUUCCAAAGCUCUGCGUUCGAUGGAAGGAGUUCAGUGACACGAAGAGCAUCACUACAACAUUUCUCUCAUCCUCGGUGAUCUAUGAUGACUUCGAUGCUAUGCCCGUCUGCAAUGAUCCUACGGAGAAGCUGGAGAAGAUUUCACUGACCGAUCCCGAGCAUGAGAGCCUUUCAUCUGAAGGCGAAGAUCCAGCCUGUCUUUUGAAAGAUGAGAUUGUCCCGGUUCCUCGCGGCAUCAAUCCUGUGGACUUCCUGAUGAAGUUUUCCUCGAUCGUUCCAGUUAUCACCACCAAGAAACUCAUCACUGAUGGGGUCAACCAGGAAGCUGAACACCAAAAGUUGAUAGACAACGCCCUCGCAUACAAAGCCUCCGUCCAGAACAAACUGACAGAACUCACAUCUGCCAUCGAUGGAUUCCAAUCAGCCUUUGGACGAUCUUAUUACCCACAAACGCCAUCGACGAGCUUAAUUGACAAGGUCCGACGUGUCGUCCGACGACGUCCGUUACGUUCCCUAUUUGCUUCCUUUGCUUCAUUUGACGACGUCCAAGUUGCGCCAGCCUUUCAGAUCUCAGACGGAAUUACCUCAGAAGUAGCACCACGUCGCGUCGUUGCGAACAUCUACCCGUUUGGCCGCCCGCAGACUUUUCCGGACAGCGUCCUGUGUUUAAAAGUCAAAAGCGAAAAGAAGAAACUCGGUGAUGGAGUCAAGUUAGCCAAGAGGAAGGCGAAGACAUCAGAAGGCACGUCAAAGAGGCAGAAGCAACCCAGCAGCCAACGCAGCAACCACAGCGAACACAGCGAAGGACCGCGUUACGUAGACGCGUCGGAAUAUGAAAGUGAAAUGGCUGGUCAGAUCAAGCCCGACGAUUUCAAACCAGGGAUCAUUAUGCCAACUGAAGAAACCCUGGAGCAGUUCCGCCAACAUCAAAAGGUCUUUGAUAACAAGGCAUAUCAAAGGGAGAAUUACGAGGAGGUCUGCAAGAAGUUGAAUAUCAAGAACCCUGAUAAUCUGCGGAUGCGCUCUAUGAACAAGGGCCACAGUGUUGAAGUUUUGGCAGCCAACUGCGAUUGCGGGUAUUCUCAACAUAAGGUCAAAGGCUAA